GGGCGGGCUAGAAGGACGAAGGAGGGGCCCCCCGACCGUUACCCGAACAAGGAAUGGCAGCGGGGCCUGCCUGGCCAGGCCUAGCACCGCAACACUCAGCACGCUGACUGGCCCUUUCCCGCCUGGCAACGUCAUAGGCGGCCGUUACAGCCCGGGUGUUUUUCUGUACAGUCGGAGGGCUUCUCAGGUACACACAAUCUCGCAGGUCCUGGCUUAGUACCCUUUCGGCCGGUUUCCUGUACUGGUCUCAGGUACUUAAGCACCGUGAAUGCCUUGGUCUUUCUCCGUCCUUUCUUUGUCCACCUCAGGUCCCAGACUUUCCACGCUUCCACCGUUUCCCCCGCUUCCCCCUAAUCUCUCGCGCCACUUCUUUCUUCCCUGCCGCGUCCUUCUCUCGUACCGCAUUCCUAUUUACUACUACGUGCCUUGACGCAACAGAUUUGUGCUCCACAGCCAUCAUGCCUAAGAUCACCGAGAUUUUCUUCGAUUGUGACAACACCCUUGUCCUUUCGGAGGAGCUGGCCUUCGAGGCAUGCGCCGAUCUCGCCAAUGAGAUUCUGGAAUCGCACGACAUCUCUGACCGCUAUACCGGUGACCAGCUCAUCCAGGACUUUGUCGGCCAGAACUUCCGCGGAAUGAUGGUCUCGCUACAAGCCAAGUACAAGUUCGAGCUGUCCCAGGACGAGCUUGAGGGAUACGUCAAGAAGGAGGAAGACAAGGUCAUUGCCAAGUUGGAAGAAAAAGCCCAGCCUUGCGUCGGAGUCACUGAGGAACUGGAGAAGCUUUUCGAGUCCAAGAAGUACGGUCUCGCAGUGGUUUCCUCGUCUGCUCUGCGCCGUGUCCGUGCCUCCAUCAAGAAGGUCGGACAGGACAAGUAUUUUGACCCCGAAAAUGUGUUCAGUGCCGCCACUUCGCUUCCCAAGCCGACCUCGAAGCCCGACCCAGCCAUCUACCUGCACGCUCUUGAGGUCCGCAACAAGAAGCCCGAAGAGGUGGUCGCCGUUGAGGACAGCAAGUCUGGUGCACUGAGCGCCAUCCGCGCUGGCAUCCCGGUCAUUGCCUACGUUGGAAGCUACCCCGGCAGCGACAAGCAACUGGAGAUGGCCCAGGUCCUUGAAGGACUCGGUGCCAAGGUCGUUAUGAAGGACUGGAGUGAAUUCGAGCAGUGUCUCGCCGAGAUCGAGGCAGCCUGA